AUGCUCAUCACGGUCAUCGUCGUCACUGCUUUUCUGAUGCACUAUGUGGAAGACCUGAAGAAUCGGCGGAGGAUGAUACUCCAGAGGACCUUCCGGGUUUAUAAAAAAAGCCGCUCUUCAUUAUUUUUGCAAAACAACGUGAUAGUGCCUCUAGAGGACAACCAUUUUUGCCGCUUCCCGCCUGUUUCGUCUGAGGAUGCUCUGGAGCAGCAUCUCCUACAGGAGUCCCUUGCAUGGCCUGAAACUCCUGCAUUAUCAGCGGACUUUUCCCUACUUAAAACCACCUGUCCCCGCCGUAGCACAUUCACCAUUCUUCCUAAAGAUGACGGGGAGCAGUGGCACGUCGGGGAUCAACUGGAAGUUUCAAUAAAAAUGUAUGACUUUCGAGGCAUUCCGAGGAAGACUGGAGGGGAUUUCCUCAUUGCCCGACUCCACAACCCUUUCCUUCUUGCUGGUGUUGUUGGACAGAUUACAGAUCAUCACGAUGGCUCCUACUCUGCUGUGUUUCCUUUAUUGUGGAGCGGAAAUGCGGCAGUUGAGGUCACGCUAGUUCACCCCAGUGACGGUGUCUCAGUGCUGCGCAAACUGAACGAGGAAAGUCCAGACAGAAUAAAAUUUGUUAGCAUUUUCCAGAAGGGCAGGCUCUCUGUGAGAACCACGUGUAACGUUUGUCUGCGUCCUACCAAGAGGCAGAUCUGCAACUUCACAGAUGUUCAAACAGGAGAGCCGUGGUUCUGCUACAAGCCAGGAAAGCUGCAAUGUGACACCAGAGUUGUCCAUACCAAGAGGAGCAGUGCGAUUAAGAUUGGACCAUAUGAGACACUCUUUCACAAUAAAACCAACAUGAAAAUUCCAAUCCCUCCAUCAGGACCAGGAAGCGUAAACGUGUUGCCAGUUGAUAAAGAUGAUCAAGAGGCGAAGAACAAAAUUAGAAGUUCUGGAGUGGCUGGUUAUUAUUACCGAGACGUCUGGCACGCUGUGAGCGGCUCCAGAGUUCAGCGUUUCAGCACUCCUGAUGAAAUCAGCAGUUGUCUUCAGGGGAAAGAGCUUCACCUCUACGGGGACUCUACAAUCAGGCAGUGGUACGAGUACCUCAAUGAAAGUCUGCCAGAUCUGAAGGAGUUUGAUUUACACAGCCUCAAACAAAUCGGACCUUUUAUGGCCUUUGAUUAUAAAAAAAACAUUUACGUGAACUUUCAAUGUCAUGGCCCACCGAUCCGUUUUGCUCAAGUCCCUGUCGCUCAGCUUAGUUAUAUCGCAAACAAGCUGGACACAGUGGUCGGAGGAGCGAACACGGUCGUUGUCAUUGGCAUCUGGUCUCACUUUAGUACUUUCCCCGUUGAGAUUUACAUACGACGGCUGCAGACCAUCCGCAAGGCUGUGGUUCGCCUGCUAGCGAGAGCUCCCGCUACGCUGGUCGUCAUCCGGACCUCAAACCUGAAACAACUAUCCAUUUUUGAAACAGUGACCAACAGUGACUUUUACACCAUGGAGCGGGACAAGAUCCUCAGAGCAGUGUUCAAAGACGUGAAUGUCCGCUGGGUGGAUGCCUGGGAGAUGACGUUGGCCCACUAUCUACCACAUGAACUUCAUCCCCAAACUCCUAUUGUUAAAAACAUGAUCGAUGUCCUCCUGUCCCACAUUUGUCCUCUGAAAAGACGCAAAAUAUGAAUGUACUAUCAACUUGGAUCAUGUAUACAAGUACCAUGAUUAGCUGUCAUUAACCCAUCCUUUGUUGCUACACAUCUCUUUACAUGAUAAUAAUUAAACUGUCCGUGGGAAACUGGGA